GGUGAAGGACUACUCUGGCCGUCAGCCCAACCAUGAACAGCUAAGUGCUGUGGUCUGUGAGAGCGACCCUAAACCAGGCUUCUCCUUCGUACUGGAGAACUUCGCCGAGCUGCUGGAUGACACCUUCCUACAGAACCUCACCGCCCGCAUCUGUGAAGGUACACCUUGGUUCUGAUUCAGACUGUAACAUUACUUCAGUGUAAAAGUUGAAUUUACAUUGGCUUGAAAAUGUCCUAUUAAUUUUGGUUUCUCUAUUUCCUUCAACAGAUAAGAAGUGUCCCAACUACAAAUGUCCCAGUAAGCCACUGCUUGUUACCAUGUGGUUGAUCUCUGGCCUCAUCUCUGGCCUCAUCUCUCCAGUCUCAUUGUCUUCAGACAUGUACAUGGGUUAGGAUCAGGAUCAGGAUCAGGAUCAGGAUCAGGGUUAGGAUCAGGAUCAGGGUUAGGAUCAUGGUUAGGAUCAGGAUCAGGGUUAGGAUCAAGAUCAGGGUUAGGAUCAGGAUCAGGGUUAGGAUCAGGAUCAGGGUUAGGAUCAGGAUCAGGGUUAGGAUCAAGAUCAGGAUCAGGGUCAGGAUCAGGGUUAGGAUCAGGAUCAAGAUCAGGGUCAGGGUCAGGGUUAGGAUCAGGGUCAGGAUCAGGAUCAGGAUCAGGGUUAGGAUCAGGGUCAGGAUCAGGGUCAGGAUCAGGGUUAGGAUCAUGAUCAGGAUCAGGGUUAAGAUCAGGAUCAGGGUCAGGGUUAGGAUCAGGAUCAGGGUUAGGAUCAAUAUCAGGGUUAGGAUCAGGAUCAGGGUUAGGAUCAGGGUUAGGAUCAGGAUCAGGGUUAGGAUCAGGAUCAGGGUUAGGAUCAGGAUCAGGGUUAGGAUCAGGAUCAGGGUUAGGAUCAGGGUUAGGAUCAGGAUCAGGGUUAGGAUCAGGAUCAGGGUUAGGAUCAGGGUUAGGAUCAGGAUCAGGGUUUCUCUGUAUAGAUGUUGUGGUUUAUCCUGUCUCUCCUCCUGUCUCCAGUCUCGUUCUCAGGGGACACAGACAUCAUGCUGAUGAUGGACAGCUCAGCCAGUGUGGGACAGAGGAACUUUGAUUCCAGCAAGACCUUCGUCAAGCGUCUGGCCGAGCGUUUCCUGUCUGCUGAGAGGUCCGGCCGAACUGCUGUGCGUGUCGCCGUGGGCCAGUACAGCCGUGAACGGCGCAUGGAGGCGGCGCUGACCUCUAACCUCACCCUGCUGACCAGUAAGAUCGAUGCCGCCGCCUUCCAGAAUGACGGUACUGACGUUACCAAGGCGAUGGCCUUUGCCAUGGAGCAAUUCCAGACGUCAGGGGGCGGGAACAGGAAGAGGAAGCUGGUGCUGUUCUCUGAUGGGAGGUCGCAGGGCGUUACCGAGGCGAUGUUGGAGAAGCGCGUGCGGCUGGUGUCUGAGGCGGGAGUGGAGCUGUACGUUAUCACCGUGGGCAACCAGGUGAGCGAGGCCAACCUGCGCUCGCUGGUCAGCAGAGGGAGGAGAUACGACGUCACCUACGCCCAGCGCCACCUGUUCCGCGUCCCAGACUACCCGUCUCUGCUGCGUGGCGUGUUCUACCAGACCGUGUCCCGCAGGGUCUCCCAGGUCUGAGUGCAGGGGCCAGGGCUGGGACCACAUGCUUUAGAGUUCAGUCUCCCUCAUUAUGAAUGGCCAUUCAUACUUCGUCGCUCAUUUACAAUCACUGUGUUUUAGUUGUGUUUUUAUGUCCGAUAAUGACAGAAGACGAUUGUGUGUCAGAUUGUGUUAAGAGAUUGUGUUACACUGCGUUCAUGUGCUCUCUGAAUUACCAGGACCUUUCAACUGGAAAACUCCUGAAAACCUCCCGUAACAGAAACUAGUUUCAUACGUCCAAAACAGUUGUAACAUCUUCCUGUCAGACUGUUCCCAGUUCCAUUAUUCCCAGUCAGACUGUUCCCAGUUCCAUUAUUCCCAGUCAGACUGUUCCCAGUUCCAUUAUUCCCAGUCAGACUGUUCCCAGUUCCAUUAUUCCCUGUCAGACUGUUCCCAGUUCCAUUAUUCCCUGUCAGACUGUUCCCAGUUCCAUUAUUCCCAGUCAGACUGUUCCCAGUUCCAUUAUUCCCUGUCAGACUGUUCCCAGUUCCAUUAUUCCCAGUCAGACUGUUCCCAGUUCCAUUAUUCCCAGUCAGACUGUUCCCAGUUCCAUUAUUCCCUGUCAGACUGUUCCCAGUUCCAUUAUUCCCAGUCAGACUGUUCCCAGUUCCAUUAUUCCCUGUCAGACUGUUCCCAGUUCCAUUAUUCCCAGUCAGACUGUUCCCAGUUCCAUUAUUCCCUGUCAGACUGUUCCCCAGUUCCAUUAUUCCCUGUCAGACUGUUCCCAGUUCCAUUAAUUCCCUGUCAGACUGUUCCCCAGUUCCAUUAUUCCCUGUCAGACUGUUCCCAGUUCCAUUAUUCCCAGUCAGACUGUUCCCAGUUCCAUUAUUCCCUGUCAGACUGUUCCCAGUUCCAUAAUUCCCUGUCAGACUGUUCCCAGUUCCAUUAUUCCCUGUCAGGACUGUUCCCAGUUCCAUUAUCUGUUCCCAGUUCCAUUAUUCCCAGUCAGACUGUUCCCAGUUCCAUUAUUCCCAGUCAGACUGUUCCCAGUUCCAUUAUUCCCUGUCAGACUGUUCCCAGUUCCAUUAUUCCCUGUCAGACUGUUCCCAGUUCCAUUAUUCCCAGUCAGACUGUUCCCAGUUCCAUUAUUCCCAGUCAGACUGUUCCCAGUUCCAUAAUUCCCUGCCAGACUGUUCCCAGUUCCAUUAUUCCCUGUCAGACUGUUCCCAGUUCCAUUAUUCCCUGUCAGACUGUUCCCAGUUCCAUAAUUCCCUGCCAGACUGUUCCCAGUUCCAUUAUUCCCUGUCAGACUGUUCCCAGUUCCAUAAUUCCCUGUCAGACUGUUCCCAGUUCCAUUAUUCCCUGUCAGACUGUUCCCAGUUCCAUAAUUCCCUGUCAGACUGUUCCCAGUUCCAUAAUUCCCUGUCAGACUGUUCCCAGUUCCAUUAUUCCCUGUCAGACUGUUCCCAGUUCCAUUAUUCCCAGUCAGACUGUUCCCAGUUCCAUUAUUCCCUGUCAGACUGUUCCCAGUUCCAUAAUUCCAAGCAACACAUGAACGCAGCAUUAAACAGAAAG